UAUAUAGGUAUAUAGAUAUACGUUUCGAUAAUCCAGUGGUCCUCGGUUGGAUUUUCUAUGUCAAUAAAAACGGAGCCGUUCCUGAGUCAAAACUUGACAGUAUGUUUCUUCUUUUUUCUAUAAAAGUAAAAGGCCGCCUUUCUAACCUAAAUUCCAAAUUCUGUCAUGGACUAUAAUCUGCGGGGUAGGGUGAGGAGGGCGACAAGCGCAGGGUCUCCUUCCCUUUUUGACAGCUAAAAAUACGGUUUUUGACGAAGCGUCCGCGAGAGCGAGCAUCUUGACUAUUUCGGCUACGAUAAAACCAGUGGAUACGUCCUGAAUCGUUUACGCAGCAUUCCACGCUGGAAAUAUGUACCUCGCCGUCUACUGCCGAAUUAUAUGUCUAUUUGCGAACUACAAUUAAUUAUGUCUAUGUCGCUUGCGUUAAUCUCCGUAACCAGUGAACGAGCUUGUUGUUUACCUGCGAUUCUUCUGCUUUACACUUAUAUGUUUACAGGUAAUUCAAUAUGUCACACCAUUUUGUCACAGUUUGCGUAGUGUGCGUUUUGUGCGCAGCACAUAAUCCUUGCUCAGCACACACUGAAAUAUCAACUGCAGGACAGAAAGUUCGUAAUACUGUGAAUUCUGAGAAUUUACCAAAACUUAAUGAGCAGCUACAGCCAUCAUGGUUGCUAAUGAAAUUUAAAAAGUCGCAAGAGAAGGAUAACAAGAAAUUGAAUUUAAAUAAUUUAGGCACUUAUAAAAGUGGUGCUGUUAAAUUUUCUAAUAGUGAAUUAAACAAUAGUAAUGUUAAUGAAAUAUCUACAUUGUUAGUGCCAUCUACCAUUGACGAAGUUCACACAAAAAGAAAAACCAUCCUACAGGAUAUGAAAGUAGACAAAAAUGUUGAAGACACUCGUGUUCCAGAGAUAGAGGAAAAUUAUACAACUUUAAAAGAUUUAGAAAUAAUGGAGAGACUAGGACAGACUGAGAUAAGUUACAAUAGAGGAUUGAAGUCUACAAGGUCUACAAAAAAUCCCAAUUCGGUCACUAUGAUUAGAAAAAAAAGAAAUGUAGAUGUCAUAGAUGAGAAGUAUUUCAUGAAAAAAAUUUUUGAGACUUAUGGAGAUGGUACUAGUGUGACUAUAGAAGGUUUUGAGAAGUUAUUGAAAAAAUUAGGAUUACUGAGAUUAUUAACAGAUGUAUCUAAAUUAGAGGAUCUUAAUGCUAUUGCUAGUCAUCAUCCAUUAGAAAAAUCAAAGAGCGUGCAAAAUAGUGGCCUAUCAGAGUAUGAAAACGGAAUCAGAAAAGAACGGUGCUUAAAUAGCAAAGAAUUAUUAAGUACUGUUGCAAGAGAUAUGCCCUACAAUUCCAUCACUAAUAAUAAUACAACAUUACCAAGUUGGCUUUUUGAACGUGUGUGUCCAGCUCUUGUUUACCAAUUAGCAGGUGAAUCGAGUUCAGAAAGAAAUGGAUGCAUUCUUGUACCAGAGAAUUAUAAACCAGUAAUAGUUACUAAAUACCUUGGAGAGGAUGUAUCGCGUAAUAUGGUUCAAGUAUGGGCCUAUUCUAUAAUCAGUAUUCUAAUAAUUAGUCUCUGCGGUUUAUUUGGUGUAGCUGUUAUACCUUUCAUGGGUAAAAUUUACUAUCACCAAUUAUUGCAGUUCCUAGUUGCUCUUGCUGUAGGAACAUUAUGCGGCGAUGCUCUUAUUCAUUUGUUACCCCAUGCGAUGAUGCCGCAUCACACACACGAUCACCAUGGUCAUGAUGAUAAUGAUCAUGCUGAGAUAGAUCAUAAAGAACAACACAAUAUAAAUAUGUGGAAAGGGGUAGUGGCAAUGGCGGGUCUUGUAUUAUUUUUUUUUACGGAGAAAGCUUUGACAUUGGUUGCAGAAUGGAGAAAGCUUCGGCAACGCCGUAAUAAGCUCCCUUCGCGUGUUCGGGUAAUGCGUGAGACGGACGGACCAAACAGCAACGUUGUUGGCGAGAAGCUUUGCAAACACAAAUAUUCAUCGUACCCUUAUUGUUAUGGAGAGAUUAACACUGAUGCCCAAGAUAAUCAUCAUAAUCGUCAACACAAUAACCAUGAGAAACCUCCUGUUAUCGAUGAGGAGAAACCAUUAACAUCAAAUUGCAAUUCAGUUUCUAAAAUAAUGACGAACGACGGAGAAAAGAAAUCAAACGAAGAGUGGAGAUUAGAUGAUUCAAUUGUAAAUACUAAGAAAAACACGGAUGGUGCUGAUAUACCACUAAAUAAAUCUGAAAGUUAUACUGUUAUUAUACGUGAGCACGAAACGAAGCACCAUGGUCACACCCAUUCCCACGGCCAUGUACAUUCUGCACCAGAAUCUUUAUCAAGUGUUGCUUGGAUGGUAGUUAUGGGCGAUGGUUUACAUAACUUCACAGAUGGUAUGGCCAUAGGUGCUGCUUUUUCAGCGAACAUAGCUGGCGGUUUCUCAACGGCUAUAGCUGUGUUUUGCCAUGAAUUACCUCAUGAAAUAGGAGACUUCGCGGUUUUAUUGAAAGCCGGAAUGAGCGCUAAACAAGCUGUCUUUUAUAAUCUGUUAUCUUCCGUACUUUGCUUAUUUGGAAUGGUAUUUGGCGUACUGUUGGGUAGCACUCCGGCUGUGAGUAGCUGGAUGUUUGCAGCUGCUGCAGGAAUGUUUAUUUAUAUAGCAUUAGUUGACAUGAUUCCAGAAUUAUCUUCAAGUCAUUCUGCGGAACGUAGUUCUCAGUGGCAAUGUAUUCUACAAGGGCUAGGGCUAUCAUGUGGCCUUGGAAUAAUGUUAGUUAUAGCACUUUAUGAACACGAUCUUAAGACUAUGUUCAGUGAUUAAAUUUUCAAAGACUGACAACUUUUUAAUGGUAAGCUUGCAAUACUGCCUACAGACCUAUAUGUUAUAGGUCACUACCUGAGUCAAUAAAACUUUAGUUGUGAGUUCUUACCGAAACAACA